AUGCCUCGCGAACGCUCCUCCUCACGAUCGCGUCGCCAUCGCUCUCACAACCGCAACCCUAACCCCGAAAUGCGACAGUCAUCAGACCGUACUCUUCCUGUUCCCAGCACAUACAACGAGCAUAAGAGAGGUGAAAGAAGGAGGAACGGUAACGGCACCAUGUCUCAGUUCAUCAAACCCGCAGGCGAGAGUGGCCGAAGAGGUUUCCAUCCUAUUCACUUUUCGAAGAUCUCCUUCAGAUCAACGAGUCGUGCUAGUUUGCUCUGCAACUUCUUAUGGCCCUUUGUCCCUGCUGCUAUUGCUGUUCGCUAUGCUAUGCCUGACAACCAUGUCACCAUCUUUGCUCUGGCUUACAUCGCCAUGGUGCCUUGUGCAAACUUGAUCGGCUUUGCUGGUCAAGAGCUCGCUCGCAAACUGCCCCAUGUCUGGGGUGUGCUCAUCGAAAUCACCAUUGGUUCUAUCGUCGAAAUCAUCCUCUUCAUGGUACUUCUCUCCAAAGAUAUGUUUCCCGUUAUCAAGGCUGCUAUCCUGGGUUCAAUUCUUGCCACGAUGGUCUUGUGUCUGGGCGCUUGCUUCUUUGUCGGAGGCAUGUUAGAAGAUGAACAGGAAUUCAGCGAGGCCAUCAGUGAGGCUGGAAGUGGAUUGCUUUUGACUGCUGGUGUUGUUUUAGCUCUCCCUACAGUUUUCCAGUAUGGUAUUGACAACGUCGAGUCUGUCACAACCGCGAGUCUUGACCACAAGACUCUCCAGAUCUCACGUAUCGUCUCUGUUCUUCUCAUCAUCGCGUACCUCGUCUACGUCUUCUUCCAGGCUCGCACUCACCACGGUAUCUACGACGCGGUAUUUGAACAGGACGAGCACAAGGAUCGAGACAAGCACAAGGAUGAAGCCAAGGCUAAGCUUACUCUGACCGAGUGCAUCAUUGCAUUGGUACUCGCUGUGGGAUUUGUUGCCUGGACCGCUGUCAUCCUUGUUAUGCAGAUCGAGUUUGUCAUAGAGCGAGGAGAUGUGAGCGAUGCGUUCAUGGGUCUCAUUCUUGUUCCACUGGUUGAAAAACUGGCGGAGCAUUUGACGGCAAUUGAUGAGGCCUGGGACAAUCAGAUCAACCUGGCAAUGUCCCACGUCCUUGGUGCUACCCUUCAGACUGCCCUCUUCAACGCGCCCCUUGCCGUUGUUGUUAGCUGGGGCCUUGGCAAGACUCUCGAUCUAAACUUUGCCAUUUUUGACCUCGUCAUGCUUAUUCUCGCCAUCCUCACUGUCGGACGAUUCCUUCAGGAUCAGAAGAGCAAUUAUCUCGAGGGAUUUCUGCUUGUUAUUCUCUACGUCGCCAUCGCUGUUGCUGCAUUCUAUUACCCCAAUCCUGCAGGCCAUGGAGCUACAGGUGAGGGUAGCAGCGCUGAGGGAGGUUCCGAGGGGGGACAUUAG